AUUUAAUUAGUGACGGUAGGGCACAACGUAGGCCCGCGCGGGUAGGCUAUCACCAUCCUACUUCUCCCGCGAAGCAGUCGUGCGAUCCGAUUUGAAGGAUGGGACAGUCGUUAUGCAAUGCAAUUGCGACCUCUUGUCUCAAGACGGGCGGCGGCUUUCGCGUUGUGUUGUCUAUGGGUAUCAGUAACUAUAACAACAUUACCCUUGUAAGAAAUAAAAAUAUAUAUCUAUAAUACAGGAAAUCCUAACUUGAAGUCUUUUUGUUGGAAUGCUUAAUUUAUUUAUUUGAAAAGUUGACUUUGUUUUCUCGAUCAAAUUGAUUCUUUGAAAGCCGAAGGCCGCGUACGGGUUAUUGGCGGGCUUCUCGUCAGCAACAGGUAAACUGUGGUCCAGACAAGAUCGAUAAACGGAAGCUGUGACAUGCGCAUUAGCAUUGUAGCCGUCAUGAGCUCUCUUGUGCUGCUCUUAUUACUAUUAUCUGCUCUAGAGGGCUAUUGCGACCUCCUACGAGACAGCGUACAUGUCACCUCGGCCGCGGCGAGACCUAACAAUGAAUUGUGGUGCUACAAAUGUCUUGCAGAAGUACCGGAAGACAAAUGUGCUGAUUUAAGACACAAUAAUUCGGAUUUGAUUCAUAAAUGCCACAAUGAUCGACGAAUGUGUAUGGUAAAGCGAUUCUCGUACACUACAUCGACGGAAAACUCGACGACCGCUUUGAAGAUGUGGGCGUUGGAGCGCAACUGUACAAAGCACUGCGAGCCCGGUUGCAUAGUCAUCGGCGAGAGGACGAAACUUUACGCCUGCACCUCGUGCUGCUCAACCUCCUUAUGUAACUACGGAUCCGGAGCUGGAAAAGCUAUUUUCUUCAAGAAUAUCGUUACUGUUCUUAUUCUACUCUCCAUAGCAUUAUGAUUACGAUAUUGAAGGAGUUUUGUUUUUGUUUUUGUUUUGUUUAAUUCUAACGUUAAAUUUCUCUUAAACGUAAUUUUCAAGAUAUAGUUAACUAUAUAGUUCAACAAUUUUAAUGUAAUUUAAAUUUUAGUAGGUGAUAUCAAUUUACAACAUAUGUAUUUUGUGUCCAUUAGAACGCCUAAACACAUAAGUACGUCUACGUAGGUACUAAAGUCACCUACCUCAAAAACUAUAUAUAUACUUAUUAUUCCAUGAGGCUUACCAACAAAGAACGAUUAGUUAGAUUUUUUUAGAAACUUGAUUUAAUCAGUAAAGUUAGCGAAACAAUUGCUUAAAAAUGUAUCAUAAUUAUUUUAUAAUAUUACCAUAAUUAUAUCAAAAUAUCUAAUUUAUACAAAAUUAGAAUGCGAAUUAAAAUUAAAACUUACAACCGUAUUCGUAUGCUACUAUUCUAUAUUUCACAUUUUUCAAGAAUUUAUAUAUUUACAUAAAUAUAUUGUUAUUAACAUUAGAUGGUUUUUCACUAACCGGCUCGGCGACGGAGCUGGCCACACCGCUGCUCUCUCACACUACAACGUGCACACUGCUACAUUUUAUAUGGAUAUGCUAUUACCAAAUUAUUUCUACGUAGUGUCUUAUAUUUGUGCAGGUUUUUUGAGCCAACACGAAGUGAUACCAAUCAGCCUGGCCACGAAUGUCAUCAUCAGCAAACUUUAAGUAGUCCUUCUGCCCUAUUCCAGCAAUCGUGCCGUGCCGUUUGUUGCAAAAACUUUCACUAAGCCAGGUCAAAAAAUAUUUACUACAUGGCUUCAACCAUAAAAUGGUAGAAAUUCUUGUUGAAUUAUUUAGUAAUUUAUAUAAAUUUUAAAAGUCGUUGUCACCUUACAUGUUGAAUUUAAUAAAUUAUUUAGGUAACUCUUGAUUGUUAUUGUAUGUAGAUCUUAAUUAGUUAAGAGUAAACUUAUGUAUCGAUUAUUGAAAUCUGAUUAAAUGUUUUGAUUUAUUGUA